AUGGUCCUUACAAGAGCCGGUGAACAAGCCAUUUUCCAUCAACAUUUGCCUGAUUUUGCCCAUAUUGAUCUUGAACAAACUAAUUAUAUUACCUUCACAGCUAAAUUUACAUUUGUUUAUAAACCACGAGAAUUCAUGAUGGCUGAAGAAAUUUUAAAAGACUUGAUCGUCAAAAAUAUAAUAUCUGCAUCAAAAUUUACAGGUAAAUUUGAACAAGAUGUGGAGUUAUGGAUACGGGAUAUCAGCGCUUCUUUUGAUAUGGCAAAAUUCGAUCCAAGUCAGACAUUACAAGUUGUACCAGGUUUUCUUUGUGACAAUGCUUUAGAAUGGUACUUAAAUAAUCGUGCGGACCUUCACAUCACUGCUUAUUAUAAAGAUAUUAUAUGUCUCUGUAAAACUGCCGAUGAUAAAAUGACGGAUGGGUCUAAACUUGAUCAUCUACAACAAGGAUUAAAACCGUCAUUAAUAAAAGAAGUUUUGCGACAAAAACCAGCUACACCAAGUGAAUUUUUGAAACAUGCUCGUCAAGAAGAAGUACUCAAUCAAUUAGUCAUCACAAAUGGAAUUGAUUAUAACUCGCAAGCUACUAAUAACACCUUUUCAUCUUCGCUCGUUACCCCACAACAAUUGGAUAAACAGGUACAUUUCCAGGACUACCACGAUCAACCGCCAUAUUAUUACCCAUCAACAGCUAGUUUUUCGCAACCUCGAUAUUCGUCUUCUCGCUCACUAUCUGCUAAUCGAUUUUGUCCGUCAUAUAACAUACCUUAUUCGCCACCACGGGCUACCUUAGUUCGUUGUUAUAACUGUAAUAAAAUUGGACAUUAUGCUCGUGAUUGUUGA